AUGGUGAAGAAGAAGAACUCCACCGUCGCCGCCAGUUCUGUGAGCGGCGGUGCUGCUGCCAAAGCUUCUCCAAACCCGCUGAAGAGGGGCGCUCCAGAUGCUCCUCCUCCAGCUCCGGCGCUGCCAGCGCCGUCAAGCUCCACGGUUGGGUCCAACCCUGGUGAUUGGCCGGCAUCUACCACCACAAGGCGUGAUGAAAAGAAGGCUCGAAGCCUUGGAUUAAUUCCUUCCGACGAGGGGAACGUCAUUCUUCCAGCUGUGGAGGAAGCCGAAGCUUCGCCUGUGAAGAGACCAUCCGACGGCUUUGCCGAUGAAGAUGAUAUUUUCGACCUCGAUGAAGGUUUCAUCGAGCCUCCAUCUAAGAAGGCCAAAUCUUGCGCUAUUCUGCCGAAUCCUGCAGCUUCCGAGGCUUCGGCCCCUGCUGCAGUGCCCGCGGCCCAGAUAUCGACUGUUUCCUCCCUUUCCAAGGGGAAAGAUAUUCCUUCGACUGCCGCUGCCGCAACUCCUUCUUCAGGGAAACCUGAUUUGCGAGCUGUCAUAUCUUCUUUAGAGACUUUCGCCUCCCAGUAUACUUCUCUGGAAGCUGACAAGGCUCGUGUUGGGGGGAUGACCCCCGGUAUACCAAAGGCAUGUCAAACCGGAUGCGGCCGCGCCGCCGGCCACGUCGAGGUGCUGGUGGUUGGCACAGGCGACGCCGGCAAGGGAGCUGCGGCGGAAGGCGCGGGGCAGAUGAAGUCCACGCGCACGGCCAAGCCGCCGACCGAGCGCAACCAGGAAGCUGCGGGCAAAGCGUGCAUCGCCGUUCCAUGGAAGUGA